AUGGCACACACCGCGCUUCUGCCGCGCGCCGCUCUCAUGCCCACCAUCGCACCACUCCAGCCCGUCGCCUCGCUGCGCGGCGGGCCAGCGGCAUCCCCCCCUGCAACCGCUCACCCUGCCCGGGCCUUCACGGGGCUGCACGCGGCAGCGGCAGCAGCAGCAGCAGCGCGCAAAGUGGUGCGGGCGGCAGCAGCAGCGGAGGGGGAGAACGGCUCACUAAGGACCCAGCCAGGCCAGGAGCAGGAGGGGGAAGCGGGGGGCGAGGCGGGGGGCGAGGCGGACCCCGUGUUGGAGGAGGCGCGGCGGCGCAGGGCGGAGUGGCAGGCGCCGGCGCCGACGCGCGUGGAGGCGAUUCUGGACGUGCUGUUUGUGUUCGGCGGGCUGCUGGACCGCCCGUUCGGGUCGGGGCAGAGCAUCGCGGCGGCGGGGCGCGUGGUGCUGGCGCGUGUGGAAAAGGAAGUGCAGGCGCUCAGGCAAGAGGGCGAGGGAGGCUCUGCUGCUGCUGCUGCUGCUCCUGUGCGCACUGGAGCGGCGGCUGUUCCGCGGAGUGGGAUGGAGGGUGUGGCAGCGGAGGGAGCAGCAGCAGGCGGGGGUGGUGAAGGCGGGAAGGGGGGGGCGGUGAACCGGCAGCAGGUGCUGUUUGAGUUGACGCGGGUGGUGCAGCUGCUGGGGGUGGACAUGCAGAUGGUGGGCGCUGCUGUGAAGGAGGAGACGCUGCUGAAGCGCCUCGAGGAGGCCAAGAGCCACUGCCAGCUGGCAAUGCGCCUUGCCAACAGCUUUGUCCACACUCCGCGCCCGCAAAUUGUUCGGCGCCCCGCGCCCACUCUCUCUCCGCUGCUCCGCCCGUCGCGCGCGCGCCGCCCCCCGCUUUCCACCCUCCAUCUGCGCAGCGGCUCCGCGACUUCGCCCUCUCUCCGCCUCUCCCCUGCGUCGCCGCCACCGCGCCUCCCAUCCCUCUCUCCCCUUUCUCCAUUCUCUUUUUGCGCCGCUCUUCCCCCCAUCCCUCCCCGUGCGCACGCGGACCUGCGGCACUCUCGUCUCAGCCAACGGCACUCGCCUGCGCCACGCUCCCUCUCUUCUCGCUCUCCUGCCCGUCUUCCCUCAUCCCCCUCCACCCCCCUUUCGCCCUCCACGAUUCCCCACACACCUGCCCCUCUCCCCACUCACCCCCUCCUUGCCCCUUCCCCGCUUCGACCAUUCCCCGUCUUGCCCCUUCCCUGCUUGCCCCCCUUCCCUCCGUGCACCGUUUACAGGGCAGGCGUGGGGGCCAUGGCUGCUGUGACCACCACCACCCCCACCACUGCCGCUCAGCCGCCUUCCAGCAUCCCUCCCGCCAACCACACAUGUGAGCUGCGUGUAACGUGUGGGUCGCCAGAGGAGGCGCUCAUUCUGCGCAACACACUCGCAGUCGACCCCGAGCUGCAACCAGACAAGCUCGUGCGGGUGAUCACAGUCCAUGAUACCCACGUCUCAGUCUCCUUCUCGUGCCCCGACGCUCGCAUUUGGCCCGCCUCCGCCCAUGCAACAACCAUGCCUGCAAUGAUUCCCGUGCAUGCGGUGGAGGUUCCAAGUAUCAUCAUGCCUAAUACCUGUAUCCCCAGAAGCAGUUAG